AUGGGCGGCCUGGCUGGCUUGGGCAUGGGCCCAGGCCGCCAGCAGGGCGAGUACGGCAGGGUCGGCCAGGGCCAGGGCAAUUACGCCAGGAGCGGCAGCCGAAAGGACUACUCCAGUGGCCCCGGGCCUGCCUACCAGGCGGGGGCCAAGUACAGCAAUGCGCCCAAUGCGCCACCCUACGAGUACCAGCCGCCACCGAAGAGCUUCGUCAAGUCGUUCGCCAAGCUGCUGGCCUGCCUCGGGCUGGACCUCAUGGGCAACGGGGCGCCGGCGGGUUUCAUCCCCGCCGCGGGCGAGGUCACCGACGUCGUCUUCGCGCCGGCCUCGGCGGUCGCGCUCAAGAUGAUGUUCAACUCGAACGCCAUAGCGCUGAUCGGGCUGGCGGAGGAGCUGGGGCCUUACACCGACAUCCUCCCGACAGGACCCCACCAUCGCGUGGUUCCUCGAGACCUGCGCGCCGGACCACCCGCUCACGCGCUGCCUCGGCGUCAGACCUGA